CGACACAAACAGAUUCUCUACUCGCAGACUCUGACAAGAUACAAACUUCAUGAUGUUUCCUCUGAGCCUCCUCCAGUCCUCACACAGCCCCCUGUGUACCUGCAGUGAGUCUGCACUCACACUCUGGCCGGCUACACGGCUGAUCUAUGGCCAGCUGGAAGAUGACGUGCUGAGCUUGAGGAACGAUAUGGACAGAAGAAUGCAGCGUGUGAAUCAGACUUAUCAGCUGCUCUCUCAGGACAUAGAGAUGAGAAGGAGAAUGGAACAGAGCAGACAAUCUGCAGCUAGAGAAGCUCAGACCAUCUCUACAAGAAGAGACAAAGAUGGGAAUAAAAACUUUGCUCUCACCCUGGAUGUGAGUAAUUUCUCUCCUGAUGAACUGACAGUGAAAACAGAAGGAAGGAGACUGAUUGUAAUGGGGAAACGUGACAAGAAAUCUGACUCAGGGGAUGGAAGUUUCUUCCAUGAAUACAGAGAGUGGAAGAGAGAAACGGAGCUCCCUGAAGAUGUGAAUCCUGAGGACGUGUUGUGCUCCCUGUCCAAGGAUGGGCAGCUCCACAUACAGGCUCCUCGCCUAGCGCUGACAGCUGCAAAAGAGAGACCGAUUCCCAUCACCUUGUGCCAAGCGCCAGAAGAUGCGCAGCAAACCCCAGCUGUGACCCAAAACAGCAGCUCUGAGAAAGGACAAGAAAAUGCUGCAUAAGAACUUUAUAAUAACUCAUCUAAGUAACUGGUUUAAAUGUUUUUUUUCUAUAUUUUACACAUCACAUGGUUAUUUUCUUUCCAUUUGUUUUGUUUGCAUAUUUUUAUGUUUACCAAAUUCUGUUGUGAAAUGUGUGUUGUAUUUAUGCACUUCUAUUUGUUUAAUAAGUAUUAAAUCCUUUACAUGUUUUUUCACAUAGUAAAAUAAAUGCUUAAGGCAGAAAGGUUGCAGAUUAAAGGUGAGAGAAGUAAAACAGAGGUUGCAGGAAAACAGCCGCUCUAAGGAAGGACAAGAAAAUGGACAAAAUACAGUGUAAAAACUGUAAAGGACUCAUCUAAUUAAUUUAUUUAAAAGUUUAUUCAGUAUAUUUUGUACCUAUUUGUUUGGUAUGUUUUUUUAUUUAUAAAUUGACUAAAACUGUGUAUUGUGGGUUUAAGUAUUUCUAUUUGCUUAAUAAACAUUUAAAACAUUUACAUUU